UUAUAGAUAGGUGGUUGAUAAUCUCGAUCUGCCGCAAGCCUCAAACCCUAGUAGAGCAGCAGUAAGCGAAAGAGGAAGAAAACAGAGCACAAACAUGGCGACACAGGAUGUAAGAACUCUUUCAACAAAAGAAGCAGAUAUUCAGAUGAUGUUGGCUGCUGAAGUACACCUUGGUACUAAGAAUUGUGACUUCCAAAUGGAGCGUUACGCCUUCAAGCGCCGCAAUGAUGGUAUCUACAUCAUUAACCUUGGAAAGACUUGGGAAAAGCUUCAAAUGGCUGCCAGGGUGAUUGUUGCUAUUGAGAACCCUCAGGACAUUAUCGUGCAAUCUGCAAGGCCAUAUGGACAGAGAGCUGUCUUGAAGUUUGCCCAAUAUACUGGUGCACAUGCCAUUGCUGGACGUCACACCCCUGGUACUUUUACCAAUCAGCUUCAGACCUCAUACAGUGAGCCGAGACUCCUGAUCCUCACUGACCCAAGAACCGAUCAUCAGCCAAUCAAGGAAGCUGCUCUUGGGAACAUCCCAACUAUUGCUUUCUGUGACACAGAUUCUCCAAUGCGCUAUGUUGACAUUGGUAUCCCUGCGAAUAACAAAGGAAAACACAGUAUUGGUGUUCUUUUCUGGAUCUUAGCAAGGAUGGUGCUGCAGAUGCGUGGGGCCAUUAGUCAAGGACAUAAAUGGGAUGUCAUGGUUGAUCUCUUCUUUUACAGAGAGCCUGAAGAGGCAAAGGAGCAAGAAGAGGAAGCUCCCGCACUAGAUUAUGCAGACUACUCAGCUGGGGCUGCCCUUGGUGGUGACUGGUCUAGUAGCCAAAUCCCUGAGGCCCAAUGGACUGCAGAUGUCGCUGCACCUGUUCCAGUAACUGGUGGCUGGGCCGGAGAUGGAGCAGCUGAUGGAGGAUGGGAUGCCGCAGCUGCACCUGCACCUGUACCUGUACCCCUUCCCGUGCCAGAUGUUGCCCCUACUACUGGCGCCACAGGCUGGGACUGAAACCUGUUUCGUUAAAGCUCUUCAUCCAUUUUGGAGAAAGUUUAGAUUUUGUGAGUUACUACAAUAGAUGUGUUUUUUAAUGGCACAGUUAAAAGGGUUGACUUCCUGGAUGUACUGAAUUAUUUAAUUAUCGCUAGAGCAGGGCUUUUUGGAGAAUCUAAAAGUUGUUUUGUUGCCAAGAGUUGAAAUUCGAAUUUUGGUUACUGUUUCAAAACUAUUGAACACCAGCAGGUUCUAUUACUUCCUUUAUCCAAUAUGUUUGGAGGGUUUACUUGA